UAAUUAUAUUAAAUGUAAAUAUUGUUAAUUUAUUAUUUGACUGUUACCGCAUUUGGUAGUUAACCAGUCAUAAGUCACCCGCAAACGUACCAAUUUUUAUCUGCAAUACCAGUCGUACAAAUCUCUUAAAACUGCUAGAAACCGCAACCGCCCGCAUCCACAAACUCCCGCAACCGCAAUCGCAACCGCUGCGUUUAAACCAGUCAGGCCCUUAGUGAUUCUGAGAACUAUUAUUUGCAUUUAAAUUACAUGUUCGAAUUGAGUCACAAUACUUACUACGGUUUGGAACUUGUGAACAGAUUCAACAAUGACUACGGCCAGUGGGGCGAAAAGUGAUUCGACAAGUGAGCCGAUAACCUAAUCCGGGAAUAUUCUACCACUUGGAACACAACCUAUACAAGUUCCGGUUGUUCCAAGCAACGUAAGUCGACUUCAUCCUGAUAGGUUCGAUGGAUUGAACUUCAAACAGUGGCAGCAAAGAAUGCACUUCUUUCUGACAACAUUGAAUUUGUCUCGGUAUCUUACUGAAGUGAAACCAGUGCUACCUGCGGACAAUACUGAUCCAAGGGCACUGACAAGCCUUGAAGCAUGGAGGCAUAAUGACUUCCUAUGUAAAGGCUAUAUCCAAAACCGUUUGGUGGACCAGCUGUUCAAUGUAUACACUGAGAUCGAAAUCUCCAAAGAUCUUUGGGAUGCUUUGGAGAAGAAAUACAAAUCCUUCAAUGUAGGCUCGAGGAAAUUUGCUACAUCAAAAAUUUCUAAACUUCGUGAUGGUUGAUUCACGACCUAUCAUGGAGCAAGUACAUGAGCUGCAAUUGAUCUUUCAAGAGAUCGCUGACGAAGAUAUGAAGCUCUGUGAGACCUUCACAGUGAAUUGCUUCAUCGAGAAGCUUCCUCCAAGUUAGGAAGACUUCAAAAAUUAUCUUGUUUACAAGCAAAAUACCUUAACUUUGGCACACUUAAUUACCCGGCUUCAGAGUGAGUCACUGAAACGUGACAAAGAUGGGCCAUUCCGUUCUCAAGAUAAUAAUGUUGCUGAGUAUUGGAACAAGGGAAAAAGGAAGGCAAUAUUUCAAAAGUCAGUGUCGAAGCGUGUUCAAAAAGCAUCCUCGAGCUUCAAAAGACAAGCUCAACCGUCCAUGAAGAAUAAAUUCGGACGGAGAUGUGGUAGUUACGGCAAGAUGGGAUAUAAAUAAUCUGAAUGUCGUAGAAAAAACAUGGGAAAAAAUUAAUCCAAUCUAACUGAAGCGGAUCUGUGUGUUGUGGUCACAGAAGCUCAUAUGGUUGAAGAAAAUCCCAAAACUUUAUUGUAUGACACAUGUGCCACUACACAUAUUUGCAUUGAUAGAGAUAUAUUCAGUACCUAUCAGAAAUGUAAAUCUGAAGAUCAUAUAAAGAUGUGAAAGAUAUCCCAAUCUAAGAUCGAAGGUACUGGAAAAAUUGUAUUGAAGAUGACUUCUGGAAUGGUAAACACUCUCACCAACGUAAAGCAUGUUCCAGACAUGAUGAAAAAUCUGAUUUCCGGAUCUCUGAUGAGUAAGCACGGUUUUGGAAUUCACUUUGAAUCCGACAAGCUGAUACUCAGAAAGAAUGGUGUUUUCAUAGGAAAAGGCUUCGCUAAAUCUGGAUAAAUCAAAAUGUGUGUAAUGACAAUCCUUAAAAUAAAAGAUGUACCUAUUUCCAAAAAGUGAAUAAGAAUCUAGUUGCUUAUAUCACUGAGUCAUCUAAUAUUUGGCAUGAGAUUAGGAUAUGUAAAUCAAAAGUCUAUACAAAGACUAAUGAAUUUAAACAUGAUCCCAAGGUCCAAAAUUAGUAAUGACAAAUGUGAAGUUUGUGUCUAAGCAAAACUCACGAAAUCACCAUCGCCUCAUGUCGAAAGAACCACCGAACCUCUAAGUUUAAUACACACAUAGUUGUGCGACUUAAAGUACGUAAAAACUAAAGGCGGUAAAAAGUAUUUUUGUGACUUUCAUUGAUGACUGCACAAGGUACUGCAACAUAUACGUAGUAAAGAUGAAGUUUUGGAAAAAUUCAACGAGUAUAAACUCGAAGUUGAAAAACAAUUGAAAAAGACUAUCAAAAUAGUCAGAAGUGAUAGAGGAAGCGAGGCGAGUAUGAUGGGCGUUUUAAUACGUUUUGUCAACAAAAUGGCAUCAUCCAUCAAACAAUCACUCCUUAUUCACCAGAAUCUAACGGAGUUGCGUAAUGCAAGAACCGAACUCUGAAAGAGAUAAUGAAUGCAAUGUUGCAGGAAUCUGGUGUAGCUUAGCAUCUGUGGGGGAGGGGGUGGAGGGGGAGCUCUUCUCUCCGCAAAUGAAAUCCUUAACAGAAUACCUCAUAAGAUAUCUGACAAAAUGCCAUUUGAAUUUUGGAAAGGUAAUGUACCUUCGUACAAAUAACCUCAAAGUGUAGGGGUGCCUAGCAAAAGCGGCAGUGCCAUCUCCUAAAAAAGUUUCAAUUAGACCGAAAACCGUGGAUUGUAUAUUCAUUGGUUAUGCACGCAACAGCAGUGCAUAUAGGUUUGGUUUAUAAAUCAGAUAUGCCGGACAUUCAUGUCAAUACAAUCAUGGAAUCAAGACUUCUUCAUUCUUUGAAAAUAUAUUUCCAUGUAAGGAUAAACAAAAAAAGAGAUAUGGUGACCUCUUUUAAUGAGGCAAGUAAUUCUGGCACUUUUGUAACUAGAGCAGAAGAAAUGAAAGACGAACCUAGACGAAGCAAAAGAGCUCGUAAGGAAAGUCGUAUGGUGAAGAUUUCACAAUGGUAGUUCUCACAGAGAAUGAGCCAAAAUCUUACGCCGAAGCCAUGUCUACACCCGAUGCACCUUUUUGGAAGAAAGCAGUCAAUAGUGAAAUGAAUUCUAUAAUGCAUAACCAUACCUAUGAGUUAAUAGAGUUACCUCAAGGGUUCAAAGCAUUAGGGUGUAGAUGGCUGAUGAAAACCAAAUUGAAACUUGAUGGGUCGAUUGAUAAGUACAAGGCCAGACUUGUGGUGCAAAGAAACAUAAAAAAAAAAAAAGUAGGUCUAGAUUUCUUUGACACUUGUUCUCCUCUGAUGAGAAUAACUUCAAUCAGAAUAUUGAUUGCAAUUGCAGCAUUAAGAGACUUGGAAAUCCAUCAAACGGAUGUUAAAACUCUCUUUUUGAACGGAGAUUUAUAAGAGGAGAUAUACAUGAAGCAACCUGAAGGAUUCAUAUUCCAGGAUCAAGAACACAAAGUCUGUCGAACUGUGAAGUCAUUGUAUGGGCUCAUGCAAACACCAAAACAAUGACAUGAAAUGUUUGACACAAUAAUGAUGUCAAACGGAUUCAACAUCAAUGAAUAUGAUAAAUGCAUCUACCUCAAAUGUACUUCUAGCGGGUAUGUUUUGUUGUGUUUGUACUUUGAUGACAUGCUCAUUAUCGCAGUAACAGAGAUAUCAACCAACGAACCAAGAACAUGCUUCAUAGUCGGUCUGACAUGAAAACAUGGGUAUUGCGGAUGUUAUUCUCGGCACUAUAAUCACUCAAACUCCUGAUGGGAUAAUUUUUUCUCAGGAUCAUUAUGGUGAAAAGAUACUUUGAGAAGUUUAAAAAUUACUCAAAUGGAAUUGCAAAAACUCCACUAGACACUCAACUGUUGUUUCAGAAAAAUGCAAAUGAGUCAGUGUUGCAAGUGGAGUAUGCAAGGGUCAUUGGAAGUCUAAUCUACUUAACCAAUUGUACACAAACCGAUUUAGCGCAUGCGGUAAAAAGUAUUAAGUCGCUAUACAAGCAAUCCAUGUCAUAUACACUAGAAAGCCAUAACAAGGGCAUUGAAUUAUCUACGGUACACCAAACGUUAUGGGCUGCACUAUGGUAAAGAACCAUGUCUUAGAAGGAUACAAUGAUGCAAACUUGAUAUCUGACUCUAAGAACUCGAAAUCCACAAGUGGAUAUGUGUUUACACUUGGAGGUGCAGCGAUAUCUCGGAAAUCUUCCAAACAAACAGUAUUGACCAUAUCCACAAUGGAAUCUGAGUUCAUUACUUUAGACAAAGAAGCUGAAGAAGCAGAAUGGCUUUGUAACCUUUUGGAAGAUAUUCCAAUGUGGGAGAACCAAUCCCAGCUCUAAAAAUACAUUUGCGAUAGUCAGUCGGCUAUAGCUCGAGCACUGAAUACUCUCUAUAAUGGCAAGUCACAACACAUAAGACGACGUCCUAAGACCAUUAGACACUUGAUCUCAAGCGAUGCAAUAUCUAUGGACUAUAUAAAGUCAAUUGAUAACCUUGCGGAUCCAUUUACUAAAUGUUUAUCAAGAGAUCAAGUUUUAAAAUCAUCGAAGGGAAUGAGUUUAUUGCCGACGACUAAGGAUGUUUGAUGGAAUCCCCACCAUCGAGACUGGAGAUCCCAAGAAGUUGGUUCAAGGGGACAAUUAAAUCAAAUAAUAUCCGAUAAAAGCACUGAAACCUGCUUGUAUCCCAAGAUGAUAACAAUGCUCAUGUAAGUAAAAGGUUAAGCAUUGGCUUUUAAUGAGAUAAGACCAUAGCCUUCAUAUACAUGUAUAUAAAGUAUAACAUGUACUUUAUUGUGUUUAUGACAAGUUCAAUUAGCAAUCACCUAGUGAGUGUGAAAUGUGGCCGUUUCUAGGAGGUGAUCAGGCUAUAACCUCCAACUUCAUUCAUGAAACACCAGGCAAGUUCACAGCCAAAAUGAACACAAACAUGAGAACUUAACACCACGAGAAAACACAGCUGUGUUAAUAUCUGUUGACUCGGUGUACAUAAACUUUCAGGUGGUUCAUGACAUCAAGUUCACCACUAGAAAAGUAAAUCUGACAGAUACUAACAGUGAGUAGUUCAAGGCUAGAAAAUGCUACUACAUCACAUACAGUUAGUUUUUCGCUUAUACUCUCGUAAAGUACAUUUGUCUAGUCUUAGUUAAGUCUAGUCGUCGAGUCUGUAUAAGUUUUUUCGAAUCUUGCAUAUGUUUAGAUUAUUUCUAUUCAUGUAGGGGAUUAUUGGAACUAUUUUUACAAGUCUAUUGGGCUGAGUAAAAAUUAAGUAUGUGUGAAUAGAAUUUUACAAGCCUAUUGGGCUGAGUAAAAAAAUUAGUCUAACGUGAAGUAAAUGUUGUACUUUAUAUGGAGAAAGUCCAUCACUUUUGCAAGCCCAUGGGCUGAGUAAAAUGUUGGAAAAAUCUUUUACUAAAGUUGAUGACUAAGCUAAGUCUAUCCGUGAUAAAUGGCUUAAGCUAAGUAAACUUGGUGACUAAUCUAACUUAGUGACUAAGCUAUGCAACUUAGUGACAAAUGACAAAUACUAAAGCUCACUUGGUGUUUAACCUUGAUGAGUUAGUAACAAGUGUCAAAAGCUUAAAUACACUUUAUGACACAUUUUGACACAUGUCAAAGUUUUUAUGACUAAACUUUGUGAAUCUUUCCAUUAAGGAUAUAAUCUCAUACACUUGAGAACUCACAAAUUCAUACAUAAACUUCCACGUACAAAAAUUUCAGCAAUACCUCUAGUCUUUCAAAGUAAGUCUCGAGAGUGUAGCGUGAUAGUUGGUUCGCAGAUUCUGUUUUGGGUGAAGCAAAACAGCCUUACGUGGUUUUAUCAUGGGACUCAAAAUCGUACAAAAAUCAUCUCAUCUACGGAUGAUUUAUUGAGUUACAGAAAGUGAUCAAAUCACGACUCCACGUAUUUGUCUUUUCCAUAUCGAUUUUAAAACUUUUUUACCGUUUUAUAUUAUCGUUAUCAUCACACAUUGUUUCGUAAUUUUCAAUAUGAAUUCUCGCGUCCUAACAUAUAUAACAAGAACGUCAUAUAACAAUAGAGUCUACUACUACACUUCAUAUAAACAGACAAAGAGAACCGAGAGAGAGAGAGAGAGAGAGAGAGAGGGAUAGCAAGAUUCUAGAGGAGAUGGGAAAGUUCGAGGAGCAUAAGCCAGCAUUGGCCAUGAUCGGGAUUCAGAUGUGUUACGCAGGAGUGACUCUUUCUGCAAGAGCUACUAUGGUUAAUGGAUUAAGCCCUCGCGUUUUUAUCCUCUACAGACAAGCUUUUGCGACCAUUUUCAUCUUCCCGUUUCUCUACUUCUCAAGGGGAAAACCGAAGAUAUCUUCACUGGAUCUCAAGAGUUUUUCUUUAAUUUUCUUGGUCUCGCUUGUAGGCAUUACAAUCAAUCAAAACCUGUAUCUUGAAGGUCUUUACUUAGCUUCAUCGGCAAUGGGAAGUGCCGUGGGUAACAUCAUCCCAGCAAUCACCUUCCUCAUCUCAUUUCUGGCAGGAUAUGAGAAAGUGAAUCUCUGGGAUAAAAGAGGCCUAGCGAAGAUAGCAGGGACUAUCCUCUGUGUAGCAGGAGCGACCUCCAUGACUCUGCUUCGUGGACCAAAGAUUCUCAACUCAGGAUCCACUUUACCAGUAGCCAAUGCAGUAUUAGGAGAUUUGAAAGACCAGAACACGUGGCUGUUUGGUUGUUUGUUCUUGUUUUCUAGCACUCUUUGCUGGUCCUUUUGGCUUACACUUCAGGUUCCAAUCUCUGCCUAUUACCCAGAUCACCUCUCUUUAUCAGCUUGGAUGUGUUUAUUUGGAACAUUACAAUGCGCAGUGGUCACUUUCUUCCUUGAGAAGGACCCAAACAGUUGGAUUCUCCAUUCAUACUCCGAGUUUGCAACCUGUCUUUACGCAGGAGUUGGGGCGUCAGCACUUUCGUUUACGGUCCAAGCUUGGGCUAUAUCAAAGAGAGGUCCUGUUUUCUCUGCUUUGUUUAAUCCUCUCUGCACAGUCAUCGUCACAAUCUUGGCUGCUCUGUUCUUCCAAGAAGAGAUUUACAUUGGAAGUUUAAUCGGAGGAUUAGGUGUCAUUAUGGGACUUUACAUUGUGCUUUGGGGUAAAGCAAAAGAUGUCAUGAUGAAUCAAGAACAGAUAGACAGUGAAAACGACUCAGAAGUGAAGAUUCAUAACGAAGAUUUUUCAAACACAACAAACUGUAACAGGGAUCUUGAGGAUCCCCUUCUGUCAAAAUAGAUAUCAACUGAAGAAAUCAAAACACAGCAACAACUAAACUGAUUCAAGAAUAUUUCAUUCUUCUAUUUUCAGAAUUUUAAAAAGAUGUUUUGCUAUAGUAAAAAAACAGUAAAAUGAUUUAUUAAUGAAAAAUAUCAUAGUCCAGUCUAAAUAAGAAGCAUACUUCUACGAUAUGAUAUUUGCCAUAACAGGGGGAAAUCAAGAAUUCUAGAUCCGUUUAGAACUUUGAGUCUUGUUCUUGAAAUGUUUUCAUAUUUAAAAACACAUGCUAAACCUUGAAAGGCUAUAUACCAAAAAAACUUCAAUGUUAUCAUAAAUUUUCGAAAACUUCAAUACCAUUUCUUCAAGUUCCUAUUGAUGGGCUCUUCUUCUUUGCUACCUUCAAAUACAAAAUGAUAACUACAAAGGUUUUACUUGUUCCACCAGAGUGCUUACUAUGCGGUACAAGUCAUGAAUCACGACAACAUCUACUCUUUGAUUGUGUUUACUGUAGGAACGCAAAUUCUACAAUAGGGCGAACUUUUUAUUACAAUUUAAAAUCAAUACUUACAAGGUUUUAGGCAUUCGCUUGCUCUCGGAUACAUCACGUGUAUUUGCACUGAGCUUGAUAUGGCGUUUACUCACGAGCUCUGGAUCACUUUGGGUCGCUUGGACAACAGCUUACUUGUUGCGUUCUUAAGUGUUGAAAGACUUUUAAAUAUUACAGGUGACUAUGGCACACAAGUCUUAGGCGUUCCUCGCUAUGCGACAGUCUCGAAAGCGGCCUCUGGUGGACAAUAGAGCAUUCGUCGGUGUCGUGGCCAUCACCUACGGGUGAUGAUGGCCUGCAUCCACUCUUUUCCAGCUCCGGCAGAAGACGCAGCUGCUGAUCGUCGUCUAUGGUGGCACGGGGAAGAUGACUACAAGCCGACUUUCUCUAGCAAGGAAACAUGAGAGCAACUUCGGACCCAUCACCCACGGCUUAACUGGAGCAAGGUUUUCUGGUUCCAACAGGGCAUACCUCGAUUUUCAUUUAUAACAUGGCUGGCUUUUCAGGACAUAUUGGCGACACGAGCGAGAAGCAGAGCAUGGGGUUGUAUCCAACCGUGUAUCCUUUGUGGUGAACCGGACGAGACUCGCGACCACCUCUUCUUCGCUUGUUCCUAUUCUUUUACAGUGUGGUUUGACCUAACAUGAUUUCUACUGGGCUCUCGUGUGAAUCAUGACUGGUCUAUCACUAUUGCUUAUCUUCUUUCUCCGCGUAGAAAGGAGAUUGAUACAUGCCUCCUAAAGCUUGCUCUUCAAGCUACAAUACACACAGUGUUUGGCGAGAGAGGAAUAGCAGACGCCACCAUGGCGAUCCUUUUAGCAAAUCUCAAAUGGUUCGCUUCAUCGACAAAACCAUUGGAAACAGGAUAUCCCUCUUCUCUACCGGAAGCCAGCCUUCUAUAGCGACAUGAUGCAACGAUGGGUUGCAAGGACUGUUCCUCCAUAAGUUUUCAGUUCUCUGUUUUCUUUUUGAAAAUUGUAUUCAAUUUCUGAAAGAAUACACUUCAAUAGCCUGUAUUUUUUUUUUGUUGAUAAUCAAUUUAACAAUUCAACCAAAAAAAACACGAUAAUCCAGGCCAUGUGCUUUAUGAUUGAAUCAAAAGACUUAUAAAAAGAAAAUAAAUUACUUUGUCAUCAAUAAAGAAUAUUUGGAAGCUUGUUGUUGACUCUUCGUUCAAAAACAUAACAAUUCCAUAAGAUUAGCAGAGAGGAGUUGUGAUAAAGAGAUAGAACAAGUAUACUCCAUA